AAGGUGUUUUCAACCAGGAAGCCAAGUAUCUUAUCGCUCGAGCAAAUAGCCCACUAUCAAUAGUGUCCAACAUCAUGGAAAGGCCUUAAACGUUUCUUUUGAAGUUUUGAAUCCUUAUUUAUUCUGUGUUUAACACGAUGAAAGAACUUCCGCGAGUUUUAAGGGCAGCCUACUUUAUGUUUUUGUUUGGAAUAUUUGCAUCCCCUGUCUGGAGUUUAACAGUGACUGUUGACCCUGGCACUGUGGUCAGUAUUAACAGGACUGAUACAUCGGAAUCAAAAUGUACGGUGUGUGUUGGAGGGGAUGACAAGAGUUUUUGCCAGUCAGGGGCAGUCCUGAGAGACGCCGGCAGUGUCUCCGUGACAUUCACCUGCACAGAACCCUGGGAUGUCUUCAUUGUGGAGAUCAUGAAGGUUAUUGAAUGUAAGACAAAGCCCUGCAGGCAUGCCGUCAUGCCAGUGGAUUCCCAGCCUCUCUCUGUCUUUAACCGGACGUUCCACUGGUGUCUGAGGGCCCCUGUCAGGAUGACGUUCCACGUGGAUUUCAGCAAGAAGGGCCUGACACAGAUUCCCCCCUCAGACACUUGUCCCGACGAGCACACAUACAACCUCGUCGCUCUGGAGACGACUAAGAACGUCCACCUUGGGUCGUUUUGUGCGAUAGGCACCAUCACCGGGGUCCAAAUCCUGAAUGGUGGAAAGGUGGUCCUUACGGUGGCUGGCAAGAAGAAGCUGGAGCCCCAAGCUUUCGAUGUGUUUUGGGGAGAAGACAUCAAAUCACUCGCCGUUGUUAGUGUAGACCUGCCGAAGGGGCAGUCAACGCAGGAGUUCUUCUCCCCAAACUAUCCGUUGAGUUUCCCAGACGACGACCUUAUGACGUGGGAUUUUGGCGUGCCCCGUUUCCACGAAACCAAGGUGAAGAUCCUGCGCCACAUGGAGCCGCGGUGUCGGAAGAAGGAGCCCGGCGUGGAGUACGAGUUCGAGCACAAGCAAGAGCUCAUCAAGGUGGUGAAGAGGCUGUCGGACAACAAGCCAACGGAGCUGGAGGUUCCCUUCAAGCUCUCACUGCGGAACUGUGAGAUGGACCAGGUGCGCACGCGGGCGGAAGCGCUAGGCCUGUCGCUGCACUUCAGUGUCUCCUCCAUCAGGAGCGGCAGCGAAUUGUUGUGCGAAGUGGACCUUUCUGAGGAGAACAGUCUGUCUCUGCAUAUUGCGAAAAAGGCGACAGGUUCCACCUGCAUACUGAAACUAGACGGUGUCUCUCAGGAGAGUGUCAUUGUACCCCCUGGAAAGAAGUCUACCCUGUCCUUCAAGGACUGCCCAGAGGAAGACCUGCUGUUGACCGUAAACAAAACUAUAGGCUGUCAGGAUCUGCAGGACUGCCCUCCUCUUCCGGUUCCUCUGACGGUUCCAGUCCUUGAGAGAUGUCUGCCAGAGUCUCUGAAGACGGUCCACUGGAACAUCCAAGCCCCAGACCACGGCACAGUGGAGCUGCAGGCCUACACUGGCAAGCUGCGUCAGUCUCUGCCCGGCCAAGAGUGCAACGGCAGUGUCAAUUUCAGCGUCGCCGAGAGCGACGGCACGGCCAUCGGACGGUUCUGCCCCACGGGCUUCAUCUCCAAGCUGCAGGUCCGUGGCAACGUGACUGUUAGCGCCUCUCCCAGGAAUGACGAGUUCCUGAGUCAGACCUUCCAGACAUUCUUCAAGGCCUCCUUCACCAAAGAGAUCAAAGAGACCUACAUAUUCCACAUCACUCCUGAGAAAGACAAGAAAAACCUUCUGGCGUCUCCCGGCUGGCCGGCUGGGAUGAAGGCCUCCUCCACGGCCUCCUGGAUCACCAACUUCGCUCCCAGGCUGGACGCCCACCUGACCUUCACCAUGGUCACCCAGCCCAAGUGCAGCGCCCGCCACACGGGCAUCCAGGUGCAGACGCUGGGCUCCCAGGAGGAGAUGUACAGCCGCAGGGAGGACGAGGAGGGCGACAGCGAGAUAGUCAUCCCGGAGAGCUUCUACCUCAACGUGUCCAACUGUCUGCCUGAGAAGGGGUCCUUCAGCGUGAUGGGGGAGAUCACUCUGAUGAAACCAAGAAGAAUCAUCCUUCCCGUCAUCCUGGGUGUGGUGGGAACUCUGCUCCUGGGGAUGUUCAUCGCUUUAGUGGCAGUCUGUGUUGUGAUCAGGAAGAAGAAGAAGCAGAUGGCCCACGAGGUGGCCAUCUACAACCCCAACGGCCACAGCUUCCUUCCAGGCCUCCACGGGAUGCCCAAAACCAUUGAGGACGACGACGCGCACAUCUACGACUACAUCGAGGACACACUGGUGUACGGCCACCUUCUACGCGAUGAACUGGAGAUGGACCAGUAUGGGGCACCUGCCGUGGACACCUACCAGCCUUUCAAUGGGCCUACAGAGACCACACCCCUCAAAGACACCGACCCCCUCAAGGAGCCCAGCGGGGAAGGGGAGAUGGAGAUGGAGGUGGGAGAGUACAGGCUGUUCAUACCCCCCACUGAGUCUGCACCGCCAGCUUCCGAAACGGACGCCUCUCAGGAGGACACAAACUCUCCCACAGAUCUGAGACUGGUGGAGAAUGACCUUUACUCGGUGGGCAGAGAUGAGGAGAGCUCUCCUACACCCCUUACUCCGUGCCCAGAGGCCCUGCAGGCCCCAGUGUUUAGAAGAAGCUGAAUGGGGGACUGAGAGCGAGACUGAGAGUGUGGGUAUGAAACAGGGCCUUUGCUCUCUGUUCGCGGGGUUAACGUCACAGCGCGUUGAGUCACGUUGGAAACUGCAUGUGCGCAGGAAACUUGAGAGGGCGAGCGCGCAUGUCUGGGCCUGACACCUGAGGACUCAACCCUCUUUGUGAGUUUCGACAAGUCACGGACAUUUUUUUGUCCUAGGGAGUUUUCUAGGUUUUUUUUAGCUUGAUCAAAUGGACUGAAUCAAGGAGUUAAGCCAUAUAUUUGUAAAGCCAUGAAUUUUAAACCACCUCAAAAGCUCUG